AAGAAUCACUGUUGGGAACGUUUCUCUGAUGUGUAAAGGAUUUCAGGUGUGGUCUUCAUAUUUAAGUCAGCGUGGAGGAAAUGCUUCCUUCAUCUGUAGCGUUUGACUGGGAUUCACCAGAUCUCAAGUCUUCUUUUCUUGUGGGAAGCUGCCACCUGCUUAACUCUCGUUGCUGUAUUUUCUUAUUCACGGGACCUGCCACAAGAUUAGUCAAUCAGCGAGGUUACUAGCAGGCAUGUGACAAAUUCUUCUACUUCCUGAAAAUGUUGCCUAAUACAUUUUGGCCAUAAAGCAUGGAAGGAAGCGACAAGAAGCCAAAAGCACCCUGUGGUGAGGUUGAGGACACAACCCGUGGCCAGAGGUUGGAGACUGAAGGGGACAGUGAGACCGGGAGCCCCCCCCGCUGUGCGGAGUGAGGGGGACUUCGUAAAGAAAAUGUCUGCCAAAGAGGACCCUGCAGCAGAGGCGAGUGACAAUGAAAUAUGUGAGCUGAAUUCUUCUGCAGUUCAAGCUCUUCUCCCGUACACAGCCCUUAAUAUCCACAAACUUGCCAAGGACAUGGAGGCAGAAUUUCAGGAAAUCCGUAGGCAGCUGCCAAAGAGCUACAACCCUACCAUGAGAAACGAACACAACAGACUGAAGUCCUUCUUGUCCUACAAGACCUAUUCGUCAUGGUCUCCAUCAGAAAUGGCAGCUGCUGGGUUUUAUCACACACUCGUUAAACACAGCGUGCAAUGUUUUUGCUGUGGAUUAGUUCUAUUCGCCACGAAGAUUAGAUGCACCCCAUACGAACAGCACAAGAAAUUUUCUCCCACUUGUGACUUUGUCCUGGGCAAAGAGGCAGGGAAUAUUUCAAAGUACGAUGUGCGUGUUAAGAGGUUGGAGGAGGAUCCAGCAGAAGAGAUCUACAGGUACAGCACCGAGGACGCGAGGCUGCAGUCCUUUGAGAGGUGGCCGUUCUAUGCCAGAGGAGCAAAGCCUGAUUCGCUUGCCAGAGCUGGAUUUUUCUUUACAGGCAAGAAAGACACAGUGCAGUGUUUUGCUUGUGGUGGAUGUCUGGGAAAUUGGGAAGAUGGUGAUGAUCCUUGGAGAGAACACGCUAAAUGGUUUCCUGAGUGUGAAUUCCUCCAAAGUAAGAAAUCAAGUGAGGAAAUUAAACAGUACAUUGAAACCUACAGUGGAUUUUCUGGAGUGGUGGGGAGGCAUUUCACAGCUUCCUUCAUCAAGGAGAAUUUGUCUACCGCAACAGGUGAUCUUGUCUUGAACAUCUUUGAGGAUGAAGGAGUUCGACUGGACUCUUUUAAAACUUGGCCAGCAGAAGCCUGUGUUGAAGCCACUGCUCUUGCGAAAGCCGGGUUUUUCUACACAGGAGAAGGCGAUAAGGUGCAGUGCUUCAACUGUGGAGGUUGCUUACACAAAUGGAAAGAGGGUGAAGAUCCUGUGGAGGGUCAUGCAAAAUGGUUCCCAGAUUCCAACUGCUUGGAAGUACUUGGGAAGUCACUGGAAGAGCAGCCAGAGAGCCUAUCGACGUCACAGCCCUCACAGCAAACUCCCUCUAAGCCAAAUCUUGAAGAGAAAGCAACCCUACAUUCUGAAGGAGCUGACAUGACAUCAGUUGAAAGUCAGCGUUUUCAAGAGGCAAGGAACUUGUCCGAACAACUUACAAAGGCUUACAAUGAUAACAGCUUCAGCAAAUUGUUUUCCUUUGGGAACUCAAACCAUCUGGCUAUUGACUUGAAGUUACUCUAUGGGGACCUAUCAAUUGUCUCAAAGGAUAUUAAUGACCAGCCAAUACAGCAGCUCUUUCUUCAUGAAAUCCUUGCAAACCUUAACUCUACCAUUGUGCUGGAAGGUGAAGCAGGAAGUGGAAAAACAGCGUUGCUCAGGAAGAUAGCUCUGCUUUGGGCAUCAGGCUGCUGCCCCAUUCUGUGCAGGUUUAAGUUUGUAUUUUAUCUCUCCCUGACUUAUGCAAGACCAGAUCAGAGCAUGGCUGAUAUCAUAUGCAAUCAACGAGUAGGAUUUGCGGGACCAUUAACAGAGAAAACUCUCAGAGACACAAUUCAGCCACUGAAAAACCAGGUCCUAUUUCUUUUGGAUGACUACAGUGACAUCAAUUCAGUGCCCCAACCUAUAGAAGAACUUAUACAAAGGAACCAUCUCUACCAGCAUUGUUUGGUUGUUGCUGUCCGCACCAGCAGGACAAGAGAAAUCCGCAAGUACGCAAGCACCACCCUAACCAUUGCAGAGUUCCCUCUGUCCAGUGCUAUCUAUGUACUAAGGAAGUUGUUCUCCUACAAUAUUGACCUCGUGAACCAGUUUCUUGUAAAGCUGCAGUUUGAACAGUCUAUGCAGACCAUUCUAAAGACGCCGCUUUUUACGGUGUCUCUCGCUGCGUAUUGGGUACAGCACCCAAAGGGCAACAUAGUCAGCCAUGAGGUUAUUUUUAAAGCCUAUCUGCUCUAUCACUUACUAAAAUACAGUGAAGAAACAGAACACGUACUGGCUAUGUUUUCCUCAUGUGGUGAGCUUGCCUUAGCUGGUCUUUUCAAGCCAUCCUUUGAUUUCACUGAGCGUGAUCUGGCUGAAGCAGGAGUCGAUGGAGAUGAAGCUGUUAGGCUGGAUUUACUGAGCAAAUUUACUGCACAGAGGCUUCAUCCAGUUUAUAAGUUCUUUCACCCCUUGUUCCAGGAGUUUCUUGCAGGAAGAAGACUGAACGAGCUCCUGGUUUCUGAAGAAGAAGAAAAACUGGAGCAAGGGAUGCAGUACUUGCAGCAAAUCAACACAUUUAGAAAAGUUGCUGGGCGCUAUAAUUUUUUAUUGGGUUACACUUGCAGUUUCUCUUCCAAACCAGUCCCCAGAAUUAUAUCCUAUUUAUUUAAAUUGAUUGACUGCAAGGAAUCAUUGGAAAACCAGUCAGAAAAUGACGAACAUCUGAAGCACCAUUCAGACCUUCCACUAAGAAUGUUAUUAAUUGACCAGUUAAGUUUUAUUAAUCCAAAAGCGCUUCUUCCAUUAUUCACUCAGUAUUUACUUGACUUUGCUAUUUCUGUAGCUUAUAAGAGUAAUACUGUCUCUCUGUGUGCCCCAAUCAUUUUUCAGUUCCUAAGAGGCACAGAUGUUUUGUUAAGUUCAUUUAUGUCAACACACAAUUCUCAGUGGCGUUUUUUCCAGGAUUACCCAGAAUCGCUGUCUCUACCCAGUAGUUUUGAGGUUUCAGUACAAGGAAGUGAGCCCAAACAAGAACUUAAUACAGCUGAAAUAGGUGCUUGCUAUUCUUCUCUGGAGAUGCCAACAAUUGACCGGGAUUAUGCUCCUGCAUUUACAUGUUUUAAUGACAUGGCGCAAAAUAUAAAAAAGGGAGAAGAAGAAAAUAAUAGAUUUUUUUCACUGAUCCAAAGACAUCUACCAGACAACAUGGUGUGUCCUUUCCUACAUACAACAGGGAAGAUGCCGCUUUUAAAAUGUACUUUCACAAACAUCAGUUCCUUUCAGGAAGCUGACCUCAGAAAUUUGACUACACUGUUUUCUGCUUCAGAGUACAUUGAACUUAAGCUGAGUCACUGUCCCGGAUUCAUAGAAGUUAUCCGACCUGCUAUUGAACCGUGUAAGGAACACUUUAAAAAGUGUAGCCUGCGUCAUCUUAACUUGAGUAUAGCAGAGCAAGAAUUACUUCUCUCAUUGUCUUCUGUGGAAUGUCUUGAGAUAGACGAAAAAGAAAUGCCAGAGCUCCUUUAUUCAAAUUUGGACAAAUUUGUCUGCCUGGAGGAACUGUCCGUGAGCCAAUGUGAGGACUGCGAUAUAUUUGAUACAAUACCUGAUGGCUUCAAAAAUCUCCGUAACAUGAAGAAAUUGUUGAUAAGAAGAAUGAAGCUUGAUAACAGCUCUAGGCUGGUUGAAUUUAUUAAGAGCUUCCAAGACCUCUCUGUGUUUCACCUGAACUGCUCCAGCUACUUCAAUUCUGAAUCCCUUCUGGCAGCACUUUCUUCAUGCAAGAAAUUAACAGAAAUCAAGUUAACUGGGUCAUUUUUGAGAGAUGGAGAUUUGCUAUCUUUAGGUACUGCCCUGCCCAAUUUUCUCUCUCUCAAACUGUUGAACCUUGGAGACCAAUGUUUUGAUGACAAUGAAGCUUGCAAAACUUUUGCAUGCAGUUUAGGUGCUCUGCUUAACCUGGAGGAGCUCAUCCUUCCUGCAGGGAAGGGAAUAAAGUCUGCAGCCAAACUGAUUGUUCAGCAGUGUCUACACCUGCUGCACCUCAGACACUUCACAUUUACCCUAUGUCUGGACGAUGACAGCCUGUUGGAAAUAGCAAAGGUUGCAAACUGCGGAGGUUUCCAGAAGCUUGAACAGCUCUCACUGUCAGUAAACCACGAUGUUACUGAAACUGGUUGGAGAAACUUCUUCAAAACGCUUAAUAGCAUGCCUGCGUUAAAAGAGCUGGAGGCUAACCGCAUGUUCACACAUCAGAUCAAAGCCAGUGCACCAACAGUGACAGCUUUUGUCCAGUGCGUUUCUCGACUGCCUGGACUUGUGACAGUUGUAAUGAUGGGUUGGCUCUUUGAUGCACAAGACCUUAAAAUGUUUGAUAUCAUGAAGGAGCAGCAUCCCCAGUCUAGGACUUUAAAAUUAUCCUGGCAAUGGGCCUUGCCACUUUCACCAAUUAUUCAAGACUAGAAAAGUUUGAAAGCGUUAGGGUUUGGGGUUUUUUUUUUCCUUUUCUUUCUUGCAUUAUGAAUUAUAGACCUGCAUUGCAAAUAAUAAAUAUAUAGUGUAAAUUUUUUACCAGAAUGAAACAUGCCACUCUCUUCUACAGCAGAGUUAGGUUAAUGUAAAAGGACUGAGGAAGAGAAAACAGCAUUAAUUUAACUCUAAAAGCUCAACUAGUUUUGCAAAUAUGUUUAUAGAUUGUAUCUGAGUGAUACCUUCCGAAGAAAAAUAUAAAAUUUUGCCAAAAGCCUAUCUAAAAUAAAUUAUUUCUCUUCA